UUUUUACUUUAACGGAGCGCGCGAGUGAUAGUAGGUGUGUCCAGGUAACGUUACCAUUUCCUGUAUCGUAAGCGCUGUGCUUAAUCGAAGUUUUGAAUCAGUAACCACAGGAACUCUAAAUGGCGUCAACGAGAAAGAAAAAAGAAGUGAAAAUGGUUUCAGAGCUGUCCAACCAAGUACUUCUCCAGUAUGAAAGCCUCCAAAGAGAACACGAGAAAAUCAAAAAGGAGUGUAAAAAAAUGCAAGAGGAGAGAGAUGAGGCCUUACAGAAGCUGAAAGAAUUUGAACAAGUGUCACACAGGGUGAUAGAGGAGGUGAACAACAUUCAGGAGAAUCUAGAGAUCGAGAAGACAUGCAGAGAGAGUGUAGAGGCCUUGGCUUCAAAGUUGAACAGACAGAACCGUUCUCUGAAGAGGAAGAGUAUGCUCUUUAUGUCCCGUCUUGGUGCUGAUGUCAUCGCCGACAUCAAUCUUGACGAUGAAGAUGAAGAAGAUCAACAGGAGGAGUCGUCAGGUGUCUGUUGCUCCUCUCACUGUCAGAUUGUCAUCACAGAGCUGAGGGAUAAACUAGAGGUGAUCCUAGCUGAGAAGAAGCAGAUAGUGAUCGAUCUGGAGGCAACAAGAGAGCAGCUCUGCCAAACUAGACAGGAGCUCCUGAAAGAGAAACAUGAUAAUACUGUUUUAAUAGCUGAAACAUUCCAACAAAAGAAGCUCUUGGGAAAAUACAACAGAGUUUCUCAGUAUGCUUUAGAUGAGUUUGAAGCCUUGCAGGAAGAUCUAAAGCUUGAGAGGGACCUGCGUUCUGAAGCAGAGAAGUUUGCACAUGAGAUGCUAAUAGAACAGAAGAAGCUGAAAAGACAAAGCCAGAUGUUGAUCCAGACUGUGUCUCCAGCAGAAGCUCUGCAGAAAGCUCUGGCAGAGAUCAACUCACUGACACACACUCUAGAGACACAAAGAUUGGAGCAUCAACAGCAGGUAAAAGCUCUUGAAGAACAGAUACACAGCAGUGAAUUAAAGAAGCAGCUGACAGCAUUACAGAGACAGACAGAAUUGCUGGAGGAGGAAAAUAAAGAGUGGCAGCACAAACACACUAAAGCUGAAACUGAAGCCAAAGACCUCAGAUUCACAGUGGAGGAACUUAAAAAGAAGCUCCAGCAGAUCUCCAACCCACCACCAGCUGCUCCAGCACCCCCUCCACCCCCGCCCCCACCUCCUCCACCUCCACCCCCUGCCCCCUCAAGCAACCCACUCAGCUCAUUACUGUCUAUACUUCGUAAGAAAAAAAAUGUGAGCGCUGAAAUUGCAUUAGUGGAGAAAGACUCCUCUGAGAAAACCCCAGAGAAGGACAUCAAACAGCAAGCUGUGGAUGAGAUGAUGCAGCGAAUCAAAAACGGAGUUCAACUCCGACGUGUUACCCAGACAACCGACAGAGCCAGACCUGGACCGAAAGAACAGACACCGUCAAAUUCUGCUAUACAGGAACUUCAGGGAAUCCUGACCUCCGUCAAGCGCCCUCCUCCCUCCUCCUCGCCUGGGACACGCCCUCCAUCACCAUCACCGAAGUCGGAGCUAGAGAAAGCCCUGCACAGACGGAGGGAAGCAUUGAAGGCUGCAAAGAAUAACACAAAUCCCAUUAGUGUUCUGGAUCUGACGCAGAUUGAGCAAAGCCAGCCAGAACCAGGCCAGCACACAAGGGAACAGGACACACCGCAACACACACCAACCACAGUAUGCACUGACCUACUCAAGCCCUCAUAGGAGCUCAUAGGUUGCUGGAAAAUCUUUCAGGAUGGGUUUAAAGCAUCUCCUGUUGACUUGAGGUCAGUGAUUAAAUGUUUGCUCGGUCCAUUCACUGGCAUUUUAGAUAAACAACUUCUAUGUUUCACAUUGUCUGCUGUGAAUUUGAUCCUUGAAAUGUUGUAUCUUUCCCCAUCCACUCCACAGAGAAGCAUUUUAUUCUGUCCUAAACGCACACUAGAUCAAAUUUAUACAAUGGUGUGACGUUUGUCAUGCCUCGUUACACAACAGGAUUUCAUUUCCUCCGGUGAGCUGCAGCUGCUGUGAUGUUGUUGUGCAGUGAAACAAGAGAUGUGUGUGUCUGUGCUAAGGCUCAGUGACGCCUUUCCACUGCUUUCACACACUUAGGCACAAUUUCCAGUGCGGCUUAGAGCUCUUCAUGGGGUUAAAUCUUCCCGGACACAAGAUGAAACUUUAUUCCCUGCUCACUCUCUCUUUCUCCCCUUUUCACUCUGUUCCUCACCUGACCCUGGUCUGCAACAGAGAAUAACACACACUGUACACUCUAUUUCAGGGCUGUGUUUGAGAAGUGUUUUAUUUCAUUGUGAAUUGAAGAGCUUUGUGGAAUUUUUGCAGUUUCAAGUCUAAGGAAAGCCAUGAGGUGGUUUGUAAUGCCACAUAUUGUGAAUCUGGUAAAGAACAAUGUUAAAUGUUGGUUAAUCUACUGUUGUUCACGAAAAACAAUAUAUACUGUUAUUGUUAUAUAUAGAUAUUUCAAGAGUUUAGGUUUAAAAGUCUUUUGUAAAGGCUAAGAUAUAUUUUGUAUGCAUUUUUUCUAAUAACUCCAUUGUACACCUUUAUUUAUGAAGUAUUUGUUGGUGUGUUGCCUUCAUAUCUAAUACAUGUUAAUGUUCCAGAACAAGUCUUUUUGGAAAUGUUUACUGUGACUACUGUGACAUUAAAAUAUAUCAAAAAUU